GCAGGAGCUUUCCUCCUCUGUGGAUCAUGACGAUGUACUUCCUGCUCCGAGGACUAACAUCGCAAAGGAAGGAGAAAUUCAAUCCAAGAACAAAAUAACCAAAGCUAUGGCAGCAUGUGGGUCCAACACUGAGAACCAUCUAUCGGAGGCAGAAUGGUACUGGGGAAAUAUCUCAAGGGAGGAGGUCAAUGAGAUGAUGAGGAACACUCCUGAUGGGACGUUUCUGGUUCGAGAUGCUUCCAGCAGGGUUAAAGGGGAAUACACGCUAACACUGAGAAAAGAUGGCACAAACAGACUGAUUAAGAUCUUCCAUAAUGGGGGAAAGUAUGGCUUCUCUGAGCCGCUGGGCUUCCCCUCUUUGGUAGACCUGAUUCAGCACUACCAAAAGAAGUCUCUGGCCCAAUACAACUCUAAACUGGACACACGGCUACUCUACCCCUUAUCCAGAUACCAGCAGCAGCAGGUUGUGGUGGAAGUUGACAUUGAUGCAGUUGGAGAGCAACUGAGGAUACUCCAGGAGCAAUACAGAGAGAAGAGCAAAGAGUACGACCAUCUGUACGAAAAGUUCAACCAAACAUCCCAGGAGCUACAGAGCAAGCGGACAGCCAUCGAGGCGUUCAGUGAAAUCAUCCGAAUCUUCGAGGAGGAGUGUGAGACGCAAGAACGUUACAGCAAAGAAUACAUCGACAUGUUCCUCACGUUAGACAGCAGCACAGAGACUAACAAGAUUCAAAAUCCGGAUGAGCUGCAGUCGAGGGUGGAGGAGAUCCACAGCAGCAAAAAGAAGCUGGAGGAGGAGCUCAGGAUGAAGGCGUUGGCUCACAUGGAGGUCGACAGGAAGAUGAACAGCCUGAAGCCCGACCUCGUGCAGCUCAGGAAGAUCAGAGAUCAAUACUUGCUAUGGCUCACACAGCAAGGCACCAGACAGAGUCAGAUCAACGACUGGCUUGGCCUCAGGAAUGAAGAAGAAGACGUGGACGGGGAUGUGAAGCACUGUGUGAUCUACAGGACGUCGACCGGGUAUGGCUUUGCCGAGCCGUACUACCUCUACUCUUCUCUGAGAGAGCUGGUCCUUCACUACCGUCACACAUCCCUGAUCCAACACAACCAGCAGCUGAAUGUAACCCUGGCCUGGCCUGCUCUCAGCCAGCAGCCCAGCUGA